GCGGCCACUCCACCACUCUCCCGCACGACGCCAUUUUACCCGGCUCCUGUAGCGUAUAAAACUUAACUAAUCAGGUGAGAAUUGGACUGUUGCUACCUUCAGUACACCUCUCUGGACCGUAAUUGUGUGCGUUGGAUCGUCGCGGAAGCAUUAGCAAGAAUGGCCGAUCAAGAGACUGAGCUUCUGGACUAUGAAGAGGACGAGGAUGCGGUAGAGCCAGUGGCUGGGGAGGCCACCGAGGCUGCCCCUGCCAAAAAAGAUGUCAAGGGUACCUAUGUGUCCAUUCACUCUUCGGGUUUUAGGGAUUUCUUACUCAAGCCAGAGAUCUUGCGAUCUAUUGUUGACUGCGGCUUUGAGCAUCCCUCAGAAGUGCAACACGAAUGCAUCCCUCAAGCUGUAUUGGGUAUGGAUAUCCUUGGACAAGCAAAGUCUGGCAUGGGGAAAACAGCAGUGUUUGUGUUGGCAACUCUACAGCAGAUUGAACCAGUUGAUGGCCAGGUGUCUGUCCUUGUAAUGUGUCACACUCGUGAGUUGGCAUACCAAAUUGCCAAGGAAUAUGAAAGGUUUAGCAAGUAUAUGCCCACUGUCAAGGUUGGAGUGUUCUUUGGGGGCCUGAAUAUCACAAAGGAUGAGGAAACGCUGAAGAACAAUUGUCCUCAUAUUGUCGUUGGCACACCAGGUCGUGUCCUUGCUCUAGUCCGUAAUAAGAAGCUUAAUCUGCGUCACCUCAAGCAUUUUGUCUUGGACGAGUGCGAUAAGAUGCUUGAACAACUAGACAUGAGGCGUGAUGUACAAGAAAUCUUCCGCAACACUCCACAUGAGAAGCAAGUGAUGAUGUUCAGCGCCACAUUGAGCAAGGAUAUUCGUCCAGUUUGCAAGAAAUUUAUGCAAGAUCCUAUGGAGGUUUAUGUUGAUGAUGAAGCAAAGUUAACCCUUAAUGGUCUGCAGCAGCAUUAUGUCAAGAUCAAGGAGAAUGAAAAGAACAGGAAAUUGUUUGAAUUGCUUGAUGCCCUUGAAUUUAACCAGGUUGUGAUAUUUGUGAAGUCGGUGCAGAGAUGUAUGGCAUUAGCACAAUUGCUGGUGGAACAAAAUUUCCCAGCCAUUGCUAUUCACCGUGCUAUGCAGCAGGAGGAGAGACUCAGUCGUUAUCAGCAAUUCAAAGAUUUCCAAAAGCGUAUUCUAGUGGCCACAAACCUUUUCGGUCGUGGAAUGGAUAUCGAGCGAGUCAACAUUGUCUUCAAUUACGACAUGCCAGAGGACAGUGACACAUAUCUUCACAGGGUGGCGAGAGCUGGAAGAUUUGGUACCAAAGGUUUGGCAGUGACAUUUGUCAGUGAAGAAAGUGACGCAAAGACCUUGAAUGAAGUUCAGGAACGAUUUGAUGUCAACAUUACAGAGCUACCUGAUGAAAUUGAUCUCUCGUCAUAUAUUGAAGGACGCUAACCCAAAAUUGACGCCACAUUAAGUACAGUAGUUUUAAGAGGAUGCGUGAUAUUUCGUCCAUGAGAUGUGAAAGAAAAUUGUGUAGAUGUGAUUUACCUGUAUACAUAAACCCAGGUAUGCAGUCUUGAGGAAAAAUGUAUUGUAAUUUUUGGCGAAGUAAAAGUAUCUUUUACAGUCGUGAUUACCUGGAAAAUAACAAAAUGACCAAAGUAUUCAGGUUUUAUGUCUUAACUGAAUAUAAUCUUAUAAAACUAGAUGUUUUGUGUUUUUCUUUUUAUUAAAUUUUAUGUACACUAGAAUUAGCAAAACUACUUGCUACUGAAGUACAAGACUUUUUGUCAUAGCCUUGAGUAAUUUUAAGGUAACAAUAAAAACUUCUAUAAAA